UUGCUGGAGUGGUUAGCUCUUUCUUGAAAGAAGAGAAGGAAGGCGUCUUGUGUGGCAGGGUAGGAACUGCUGUUGGAAGGGGCGGAGGUAGAUGAGGAAGAAGGAAGGAUCUUGGAAGAAGUAGGGUUUCCUGAGGGAAGGGAACGACCAUUAAAGGACUGUUAAAGGGAAGAAGAGCCUUUCUUUGAGAUCUCAUUCAUUUCCUCUGAUGUCAUACUGGAAAGAUUAGGAUGUCCAGAGAUAUUUGACCUUUCAUUGGUAAAUGGAAUUUUAUUGCCAUCUAAAUGCCAUUGAAGAAGAUGUUAAAAACUUUAAGCAACCAUCAGAGUAAUCACAGUUAUGGAUCUCUGUCAGAAAAAUGAGACGGAGUUAGAAAAUAGUGAAAAUAAUGAAAUUCCAAGCACAGAAGAAACUGAAUUAAAGUGUACUUAUUCAGAUGAAAGAAAGGAAAAGAAUCAUGUUUGUUGUCUUCUCAAUAUCAGUGACAUCACGUUUGAACAAGAUGAAAAAGCCAAAAAGUUUGUUAUUGGAACUGGAUGGGAAGAAGCAGUUCGAGGCUGGGGAAAGACUUCUCCAACUGCUUGCCUUUUGUCCAGAAAGAAAGGCAAAAAGGCGAAAGUGGGAGAAAGUGUCAGAGGCUGCUUACUCUGUGUCAGUCUCUCCCAAGGGAUCCCCGAGACUGGGCCUGAGACCGAGGCUGGAAAGUUGGAGUCAAGGGCUCUGGCUGAGGCAGGCUCAGAGGGCGAUCGAGGUGGCCCCACUGGCUGCCCCACCACUGCCUCCAGGAAUAUUAGCAAGAUGUGCUUUCCCUCCCACAGUCAGGGAGAUAAAAAAGGUCUGCAAAUAAAGGAGUUUAUUUGGUGCAUGGAAGAGUGUGCCGUCCCCGGGACUGUUAGGGGCCAAGACUCCAACAGCAGUACUGACCAAAGUCCCUCCAUCUCAAACUCAUUGAAAUCCAAGGCCCUUUUAGUUCUCCCUCCUCUGAAUUCUUCAGCCCCAAAUGGCUUGUAUGCUCAGGGUAAGAAGAGUAAGAGCUCUCUCUCGCUGCCAGAAGAGAAGGUGCUGAGUGUGGAAAAGGAUGAGUGUGUGGCUUGUGCAUAUGGAUUGAAAAUAGUUGGAGGGAAAGAUGGAAAGAGACCCUUUGAGCUGGCCAAGCACCUUAAGUUCAACUGCAUGCAGCCUUCUCCUCCACCAAGGGUUGGGACAUCCCUGCUGGCCAAUCCAGAGCUGGGCUGCCUGCACUGGUCCCUCCUGCCCAAGAAAAACCUGAUGUGCCCUCCCAAUCCCAAUAGUGUUCAAUGUCUCAGCACUGUGCAGCUUUUGCAAAAACAGAGAGGGCAAAGCUACAAAGCCAAAUUCAAAGCCAGGAAGCUGAGGCCUCCCAUGAACACCCAAAAGUGCAUUUUCAAGGAAGCCAAGCAGGAAAACAGGCCCCAUCCAAUGGAGACCAAUGUGUUCCCAAGACCUUUCUUGCCAUCCCUCAAAGUGAGCAGAGUUGGUAUUCCCGUCUCCACUCACAGAUUCCUCUGAAUUGCCACAAUAUAAUUUCCUGGGAAUUAAGUACCUUUGGAAACUCAUUCAUCCUCUCUCUCCCCUGCCCCCACCCCAUUCUCUUCUGGUUUCUUCCUUUCUCUCCCCUCCCUUCCCCUUUUCUUUUCCAUCCUCUUCUCUCCCUUUUUGCCUUCUUCUCUGUCCAUUUUUUUUUUUUUUUUUGGUAGUAGAACCAGAGGAAAUAAACUCAUUGUAUGGAUAUGAUUUAUUCUCAAAACACCCAUAUUUAUGUGUUACCUGCUUCAGUUGCUUAGUCAUUUAUAAAAUGCAAAUUAGUAAUGCCAGUCUCAGCCUCUGCUUGCUUUAUAUCUCUCUCCCACUGGAAGCCAAGUGGAUGGUGGGGAAUCUGAAGAGGGUCUCUCUCUUGGUGAUGCCCCAAUAUCACCCUUGAACCCACUGGAAAGGGCUCUUUCUGCUCUACCCCAGUGCCUGAAGCUAAGUGUACUGGCCUCUUUUGGACCAAAUUAUUUCUUGUCUUUGUAAUUUUAAGAUUUU